AUGGCGUCUGGGACACGGGGAGAUUGCGGUGUCGCAAACAUGAUGUUGUCGCCAAAGCAAUCAGUGGGAAGGUAGAGGAAAAAAAUCUUCUCAGUUUAAACGGACUAGAGGCCUCAUGGCUUAACACAAAAAUACACUCAGGAAUUUAUGGGGAAAUAAAUCGAUUUUGGGAAGGAAAAUGUAACAAACGCCGAACGGUUUUGAAUAUGUGUCAUUCAGUCCAUAUGUUAACGAAAAAAAGAAAACCAUUUGACGUGUCGACCAAAAAGUGAAAGGAAAUCUUAAUUUCUGUGGUGAUACUGAGUUCUGUCAAAACCUCAGACUCGAAUUUCAGAUUGUGGCUCAGAAAAUCGAUCUCAGAUUGUUUACUCACUGAUUCCCGAUCUCCUCUCCUAAAUUUAUUCUACCGCAGAUGACUUCCAGGUGUGUCUCUCAAUGUCAAGAAUAGAAUGACACUUCACUGUCUGUUGCUCACAGGCAGAUAUUUUGGACUCACACGCGGACUCCUAAGAUGGCGGUGGACAAUGGUUACAAUGAUUGUUUUGUACUCUUUUAACUUGCUUCAUCCUUUGGUUCAAGACGACAUGGUGAUUUCUACUGGAGGGUCUGUUUGUGAUAUGUUUGGGAAUCAUAAGAUUCAGUUGCGUCUAGUAGUAGCCAUUUUACCGCACAUCCGAAAAAUCAGAGGGAUCUUAUUAUCCAUUGAAAAUUUUUUGGGAUAUUUAAGAAUUAUUAUUAUCAUCAUUAUUAUUUAUUUAAAAUAAAUUGAACAAGAACUUGUUUGAUCCCAAUGAAUUUAUCAUUAAGCUAUAAAAGGUUGAAUCAAGUUAGUCGAUCGAAAUAAAAAGAAUAAGGGGGUAAGUUUCUAAGGAAACUGCGGUGCUGCGUCUGUGGGAGAGUAUAACAGGGUAAUUUGGUGUUAACAACUAAGUUGAGAACGUAAAUUAGUCACCGUAAAGAGUUUAAAGGCUGACGUUUCGAGCGUUAGCCCUUCGUCAGAGCGAUUGACGAAGGGCCUACGUCUGCUAACGUCAAAUGUCAGCGCUCUGACGAAGGGCUAACACUCGAAACGUCAGCCUUUAAACUCUUUACGGCGGCUAAUUUACGAAGUGAAAAGAACCACCUUAAGGAAUACAUUAGCUUUCCUAUUCAGACUACACUUCACAGUCGGUGACGGGAACACCGCAUAAAUAUCAGUAUCUGAGCAACUGCGCACCUACCCCUCCCCUGACCCAACAUUAAUCCUAACAUGUUACUAGUUGACCGUUGUUAGGUUAGGGGAGGGGUAAGAGCGUAGUUGCUCAGAUACUGACGUUGAUCUGGAACCUCUAUCCUCUCUCUCUGAACACUUUGAUCAGCGAUUACACGAUAAUGACAUUGAUUUUGAUGAUGAAUGUAAAUCAGUAUUUUUACCUCUCUUAUUGCUAUUGCAGAGAUUUUGAAGAAAAAGCCCUUUCCCCCAAAACUGUCAUGCUUAAGCAGAAGAAGAGGACAAAGCCUCAACUUUAUGAAAGGAGACAACAUGAGGUGACUAAUUUGUUGAGCCCGCAUGUCGUGGAGAGCGGUUCCCUAUCCCUUCGUGGCUGGUGGAUGUCACAUGUCAAGUGGGAAGUCAUAGACUUGAAACGAAAGUCAAGACCUGAUGUCAAACAGGCAAGUCUGCAUUCAUUCUCUUCAUACGACCACCACCAAUUUGCAUAUUUCCUGAUCGUUUAAAGAGCAAUGACGUCACAGACAAAAUGGCGAUUGUUGUGCGACCUCGUUCCCAAGGUCUUCGGGGAACGGUGGCUAGUUUUGGUAAUCAACUCAUUUGAUAACACUAAAUUACCCUGUUAUACCGUUGACCCGGCACUGCAGUUUCUUUAAAAACUUACCCCCAUUAUUCAUAGGGAACGAGGUUGGUUGUUGCAACCUCGAAAAUUUUUCUCAGGAAAACGGAGACCAAAAUUUAUUCUUUACAAACGAUUUGCUUUAUUCAGCAUGUUAUAACUGGAACAAAGGACUGUUUGACACAGUCUACUACCAGGAUGAAAACUGCCUUUAUCUGUGUUCUACACUCAAAUAUCAGUUCUUGUUCAUACCGACGUAGUAAGGGACCUAAAUAUUUUCAAGGUAUUUUGGCCUGAUGAAGGUCUAACGAUACAUACCAAAAUAAUUACUUCACGCUUUGUAAAUCUUUCUUCCGUAUAUUUUGUCUCGUUGAUUUAACAUAACGAACUCACUCAUACUAUUCCUAGAAAUGCCGCUUCGGCAAUUUUCCAUACUAUCAACCUUUCCACAUCGAAAAUCUGUGCGACACCCCUAGUUUUCUUUUUGCAUAUCGAUAGCCCUUGAUGACACAUUUUAUACUUGCAUAGUCAUUGGCGGGAAAAUCAAGAUCCUAAUUGCCAGGUACCGUCCUAAUCAGCAAUAAAGAGAGCUGUGAAAGAAAAGGUAUUAAUUUUCUCUUAAAGGUGUUCAGUGUUCCUUGUCAAAUACACAGGAUCGUGGAGACGUACCAAUAUCUCUCUGUAAGUUUUUCUUUCUUAGUCAUAUUAUUGCUUACAGGGAUAAAAAAGAAAUCAAAGGAACAGAUAAAAAAACAAAAAAGGAACUCUGCAAGCAUAUAGAGAUAUAAAUAACUGGACGAAAAAGAAACUAUUCUCCUGCUGUGACUGAGUCUAAAAAGUUGAAAAUAAAGUAGGAGUAGAAACGGUUUUUUCCUUCCCCCCCCCCCUCAUAGUAGGGAGACAAGCCUUGUAUCCCUACUAUUUAUGAAAGUGAGGGGGGGGGGGGCCCGGUAAUUCGAGGGGGCACCUAUUUCUAGGGAUUGGGCGCUUAUUUGUAUCAGUGCGUGGGUGCUUAUUCGUGGAAAUACGAUAUCGACUUGGGCACAUAACAAGAUUUAACACCAAGUAUAUAGAAUAUAAAUACAAUCACCUUUUCAGAGUUUUUGUUUAUGAGGGAAAAUAGGGGUGGGGGGGUAGGGGUAGGGGGUAGGGGGUAGGGGGCUUAUAAUACAGGGGAGUUCAUAAUUGGAGUAUGCAUUUUAUUUUCCCUGGGGUGAAGUACUUUACAUGGAAGAACUGUAUCGUAUAUAUCAAAUGAUUUCAACCUAAAAGCAACAUUUGAAUUCCUAAUUUGCACCGGACUAUCCGACAUACCGCUGUUUAAUUGGUUGGAGUUUUCAGUUGUAACUCUCAAAUGCCAUUCCUUAGUUAAACAGCAGUAUUCCAAUCAAAGGAAUCAAGUUCCAAGUGACGUCAGCUUCUUGGAAGAUGGAGAGGCCUAAAGAUGGUUUUUUGGGGGUCAGUUACUUAUUCUAUUUAUGUUUUUUAAGAUGUUGGUAGAAAAAACUGCUAUGGGAUUUUCACGGGAGUUUGUGAUAAUUUUGACCGGCUGACUAUGAGUGAAAAUGUUUUCAAACAAACUAGAAGGCACGAGGAAGCAAGCUCUGAUUCUAUCAACACAGAUCGGAUAUUUUUCGAGUGUCCUGCUAGUCUAUGGUUGCAUUAUCAGGGGGAGAGAGAUGGUCACUGGGAUUGUUUCGUCUUUACAAGAUUAACACAGUAUUUUUGUUUGAAUGGGAAUCUAAGAGUAUCUCAGUUUCUUGUUUCACAGAGCUACAAACCAUUCUAUGGUGCACGAGUAUUUGUGGUAUUAUCAAGUGGAAAACGAAAACUGUUAAGGUGAGUGGUUGGCUAAAAUAUGCCGAAAAUAAAAUCACUGUGUUACAAUUCAACAAUGAGAUUAUUGUCAAUUCAUCCCUUGAAAUCCAAUUCGUAGGUUGGAUUUUCAACCAGUAUCCGGAAGAGUGGCGAGUAAGAAAGUGGAAUUUGUAAGUACAACAUAAAUGUCUCGAGCGAUUUUCAGUUAAGCGUCAAAAGUUAUCCGAGAUUGACAUGGUUUUGGCUUAUUCUGCUCUGUGAUUGGUCCAGAAAACUCGUGCCACUCUCUCAACCAAUCAGAUACAAAACUCUCUCUGGUUUCUUGCUCAAUAAUUAAUCAGAAGUGGCUAAGCUACCUCAUAGAAGUGACGUUUCAGUUUAACGCAAAGAGAUAGAGUAUGUUGCCCGGCAACUUCCCAUAGAAUGAAAGGCGUAACCGAUUCCCUGUCAAACUCAGAAAGGAAAGACUAAUUUAAAGAUUUGUGAUUACAGAUUGCUCCUAAACGAGAUCGAAUAAGCAGUGUGACCGUUAUGUUGGGUUGCUUUGGUUACAAAGGGUAUGUAACCUUCACUGAUCUUGCUGUAAAACCUCUUUACGGUGAGUACGGCGAAAUACCGUAUCGUUAUUAACUUGUCUGAAACCAGGAUUCUUGCAACGACAAGAUCGCAUAUCGCGACUUCACUUAAAGUAUUUAAAAUCUACUCAGUACUACUCUGAUUUACCAAAAAAAAAAAAAACCGAGUUUUCCUGAAACCGCGUUUAGACCCCCCUCCCUCCUGUCAUCGAAUAUUCUUGAAUGCGCUUCUGCAAAGGCAAUGUGUUUGAAUAGUUGGAGUGCUUGGCCAGUAAACGCUUAAACUGCUGCUCUCGUGAUUUAUUCCUUCAUCCUGCUCCUCACUGCAUUUAUUUUAUUUGGAAUAAUUGUUUUAUUCUUUAUUUACACUGUCCCUGGAAAGCCACACUGGGCAAGUAGCCACUUAAUUUUACAUCAUCAUUACCACUAUGAUUAUUAUCUUAUCAUUAACACUAUUAUCAAAUUCACAAAUUCAAGAAAUAAAUUAUUAAACCUAUCUUGUUUCUUCUUAAAAUAAAGAUUCCAAACCGUUAAAAAACCAUAGUACUGAUCCCAACAAGCUCAUAGAGCCUUGUCCUGCACCAACCAAAAGACCAAGUGAGAAAAAAUCAGACCUUCUCACGGAGACACUUUACUCAGCGAUGUCGCCUAACGUAAGUAAGCUAGACGAACUAGGAGCCAUUUUAAAGACCCUCGCUUUCAAAGUGAGGAUAAAGUCAUAACCAACGCCUCGCUUUCGUCCUCGUCUUGAAACAGAGGCUUUGGGGCAUCUCGGAAAUGGUCUCUUGGAGAGGGAUUCUAGGACCUUUGAAAAUUUUUUUAGAAGAGAAAUGAGUCAGGAUCAACUAUCAGUUUAUCUCUAAUAUUUUUCCUGAUCAUGUUCCAGAUCUGCAAAUUAUCGCCCUGAGCACUAAAGAAGAUAACUUCCUUAAACAUCUCUUAGAUUCCCUCAAAAUCUGUUUACUCGAAAAAUAUUGUGCCUAUUACUCUGUUGUUUGACCUUCUUCUCAAACCGUGAGACUCAAAUCUACCCGUCAUUUUCGGUGUUAAAUUGGAAAUGUGGGAAUGAACCUAGAUAUAAAACCUCCAUAAGUCUGGACGAAAAGUCCGUUUAAAACCGAAUUAAACUUGAUGAUAUUUUUUUUUUUUAUGGUCCCUUGAAAUGGUGCAAAAUUCGUUGUGACGGCUGUUUUUCUUUCCUUUCUUAGGACUCAGACGCAAUCACACUUGUGACUCAGCUAACAUUUAACAGAAUUAGUAUUUUGAAGAGAAAUUUACGACUUUGGAAUGGUAGGGUUGGGUAGAUAACAAAUCUAAUGUCUUUGAAUAUGUAUCGUGGUUAAAUUACCGUAUUUGACGCUACACAAAUCAUUCUUUACAGUCGACUUUUAAGCGUCAAAAAUUAAAAAAUAGAUUCCAUGUUGCCGUGGGUCUAUUUAGUGUUAUACAAUAAGCUCAGUUAUGCACGCAUUCUGAUUGGUUCUUACUUAUGAUCUAUUGGAGGACAGACGUAUAGAUGACGUCAUCAUUAGACUUUUUUCCGUAUAUUUUAAUUCUUUAUUAUAUAAAACAAAUAGAUUCCAAGUUGCCGUGCGUCUGUUCAGUAAUAGAUCACAGAUGACAUCAAUUACACACUCGGCUGCGCCUCGUGUGCCACUUUUUUGUUCUUACCACAUUUUGAUGUCAUCUGUGAUCUAUUACUGAACAGACGCACGGCAACUUGAAAUCUAUUUGUUAAAUAGAUGACAGAUGUCACAGUGUGGUAAGAGCUAAAAAGGGAUUCAUGAGGUGCAGCUGAGUGUGCCCCUUUGUUCCUCUUAUAGAUCCUCUUAUUUCUCCCUAGGUUCCUCUCAUAGGUCCUUUUGUUCCUCUUAUAGGUCCUUUUGUUUCUCUUAUAGGUCCUUUUGUUCCUCUUAUAGGUCCUUUUGUUCCUCUUAUAGGUCCUUUUGUUCCUCUUAUAGGUCCUUUUGUUCCUCUUAUAGGUCCUUUUGUUCCUCUUAUAGGUCCUCUUAUUUCUCCUUGGGUUCCUCUCAUAGGUCCUUUUGUUCCUCCUAUAGGUCCGCUUUCGGUGGCAAUAUACGUACUCCUGGAAGACGACGACGACCUUAAAAACAAAAAGUAAGAUGAAUUGGUUCGUAAACGCAUCAACGAAUUUUCAGAUCAUAUUGGCGAAAUUCGGCCCAGUUUUCCACGAGUUCAACACGUUUUGGUCUCUAUGCUUUGAUUUUAAAUACAGACAAGAGAGUUUCUAAUCUCUUGAAUCAGACAGUUCACAAUACCAGUGGCCCCGACUAGUGUGCUCUAGGAGGCAACCUUCAACACUGAAACGAAGAGAAAUUUGUUUUUUGUUGUGUCACCUGACUCCUUCGACAAUUUUGAUGAGUUUUCUCAUAGUUUGAAAGAAAAAAAAGAAACAAAGAAACAAAGUUCAUCGCUAUUUACUUUAUUUCAAAUGAGUUUUCUUUCAGGAGAGAGGUUCGAAUGCGAUUACCUACUCACAUAUUCAGCAAGUUUUCCACUGUGUCCGUUGAAAUAAUAUACGGGAACGAGGUAAGUCGCAUAUGCAUUAUUUACAGAAGUCGUUUAAUCGACUUUCUAUAUCUCACAAUUGAUUACGCCUUAAUGUUCGUAGAGCGAGUUCCAUUUCUGUACGCAUUGCAGACCUAGAAUUCUUAGAUCAUUUAAUAUCAUGGAAAAUGUUCUGUCAUUGGUGUAAAAACUUCGGAUUGCUUUCCAUCAAUCAGAUAACGACCUGAAUGUCCUGAUCACGUGUUUCUCCUUUCACUUCUCUUUUGUUCAAUAGCUCAGUUUCUGUUUUCGAUCCCUCGGAAUAAAAACCUGGUACAUUUUCAGACAAUAUAUCGACCCUCGAAAAUUAACUGUAAGUUUACAUUAGAGUUAAACGUAAUUACCCUUCUCCUUACAUUGUCUGAUUCUCUUUUUUCAAAUUUAUUAAACAGGUGGGCCCGCUGUACCCAAUCAACAGACUAAGAAACAUUGCAAUAAAGUGAGUGAACACAAUAAAUUCAGUCUAAAUUACCCGUAUUGAUUCAAAAACUAUUACAUAUACCUCUUCCUCUUUUCUCCGUCGACCAGAAAUGUCAAAACCCGGCAUGUUUUUCUCAUUGAUGUGGAUUUUGCUCCUUCGCCAGACCUAGAAUUCAUGGCAAGGUAAGGUUGUCGAUAUUUUGAUUGAGUUAUCAACCAACGCAUAAGCAAGGAAUAGAAAACUUUUCACACUGCACACUUAGCCCUCCCCUGUCCCAACAGUAGUCAACUGAUAACAUGUUAGGCUAAAGGAUGGGUUAGGGGAGGGGUAGGUGCGCAGUUGGUCAGAUACUGCUAUUGACUCAUCGAAUGUGGUUUGGUACUUUUUCAUGACACUAUUUUUCUCUUCGUUUAUCCAGAAAUCAAAUCUUUGAUUACGAUAAAACCAGAAACAGUACAGAUAAGAGGGUCGCGUUUGUGGUCCCAGCAUUUGAUGGAGCCAGACACGUGGUUAGUAUUCGUUUGUUUGCAUGUGAAUUUCAUUAAGUGAUUUAAAUAAAUUGUAAACAUUUAGGUUUGAAAGAUUAGGCCGUCCUCAUCCUCCUCCGAGACUGUUUUGGACGGCCUCUUUUUCUGGAACCCUGCAGGUUCCAUUCGAGGGCAGUACGAGUAAUUUUAUUCCCAGAAGUUUGAAAGAUCUAUCCUUUUCAGUUUUUAGCAGAUUUACUUUCGUUUCGCAAUUAUUUUAGAACUCUAAGGAUCUUCCAGAAACAAAGGAGGAACUUGUGAACACGGUGAAAAGAAAGAAGAGACUAGCGCCAUUUAGUAUCCUUUGUAGUUUGCUCAAAGCCGUUAUGCAUUGCAUGCAUGUGCCGGGAAAGUCCACCUGUUCAUUGCCAUCACUCUGGUUUUGUUUUAUUUUUUUCACUCGCGGUUCACAAUCUUCGUGCAUCCUCACAGACAUAAUUGAUUAGGAUCCCGAUUUUAUUGAUCAAAACACUUCCCACCCAUAAAGGGGGCGGGGAAACAUUGUAUGCUGAUUGGUUAAAACAGAUUCCCGCCACUAAGAUUGCGCGUCGUGAUGAGGUGAUUUUCAAAAGAAAAAUUAUCCUCAUUGCGUUUACAUUUCAGUUGGGCAAAUUUAAACAUUUUAGUUUCAACCCUUUAUAGUUCUAGAUACAUCUGCCCGCUUCCAAACUGAUCUCCAUGUUUAUUAAAGUUUUCAUUUCAGUUUAUAAGUUUUUUUCAUCCUUUUGGAAUUCUUAAGUGAGUGAGAUUAUGGAAACGUUAAGAUUUUUCGCCGUCUAAAUCCUUGACAGCAGAAGGGAAAAUCGAGUCUCCCCUAUCGCACAGUUCUACUAACUACAGCCGGUGGUAUCACAGCAAUGAGUCGUACGAAGUGAAGAAUUAUCAGGACAAAUACGAGCCUUAUUUAAUUCUGAGGUGUGGUAUCAUAUUUUAUCAUAUAAACUACAGUGUUAUACAAGGAUUUCCAGCACUGAGAAAAGCCGUAACAACACACAUGAUAAACUACGACAUUUUUUCACGUGUGUUUGAUAUAGCCAAUCAGCUGCUGACACGUCACUCGCCUUUCGCGCCACUCGGUCAGGUUGAUAUAUGAACGGCAAAGCCUUCACGAUUCUCAAUACAAGGUAGUUUGUCGGAACUUUCUCGGAUCAUGGCGGCUGAAACACUGAAAAAUUCGUAUCGCUCACAGACGGUGACGUUCAAACUUUCCUAGAAGGGGAAGAAAACCAAUAUACGAAAAGAAAAAGCGAAAGUUGCGUGCUCAGUGGCUUUGGUAAUGGUAUUCCUCGCAGCUGAGAGCAAAAUCGACAAUUGGAAGUUUUGCCACAGGCCGAUUUUGGCCGUGUACCUGAAAGACUUCUUCUGUCGGUAUGGCAAAGUCAAUAAAUAAGAAUUUCGUAAAUUGAAAAUUACGCCCAUUGUUGUUUUUGUAAUCAUGGUUCAACCCAUUUUUCAGUCUUGAGCCUUAGCGCCAACGCACUGUACGAUUGUCGAUUCUUUUAUUUUCAUUCAUUAAUGAAGUCGGAUUUUCUGGCACUAAAGGCUACUGUGUUUCUAUGAUAAACAAAAUAAUAUACGGUUGCUUGUAGAUAUGGAAUUUCUCAUCUCGUGUUCAACUCGACAUCUCACUCGUUCGCUGCGCUCACCAGUGAGCUAAGAGUUGAAAACUCGAAGAGAAAUCCUACAUCUACGUGCGCCCACGUAGAGCGCUUUUCAGUUGUAAAACCAAAAGCAAAGUUUGGGUGGAGGUUAGGUGUUUCCAAAUAGGGGGUCACGGUUACGAAUUUCUGCCUGCCUUGAGUGAAAUGGCCUAUACCUUGUAGGUAAGUGGGUCUUAUGUAAAAACAAACAAGCUUCGUAAAGCGCGCGAAAACGCUAGUGACCAAGCGCGAUUGGUUUUAGUUUGGUAUCUGAUUGGUUGGGAAGGUGGCGCGAAUUUUCUGGCCCAAUCAAAGAGUGAACGAAAGCGAAACAGAUGCAAUCCCGACUGCAUUAGACUCUCAAUUAAAACUUGCACAAUUAGGAAAAGUUUGCGUGAACCCGGCAGUUGGUCUUCGGUUUAACAAAAGAGUUUCUCCUGACGUGUUCAUUAGAGCCGUAAGUUUUUAUCCAUCGUGGAUGAUCGUGAAUGCAAAGAUUCUUUAAAAGAGAUAGCAUGAAGGGACGCAAAUCGUCUGCACUGUAAGUACAUAUCAAGCUCUGUAGGUGAUUUAAUCUCAUUUUAAUCCCAUCCGAUCUCACAAUUUGCGAAAACUUCAUUAUUCUUGUGAAAAAUGAUAGCCGUCUUAUUGAAACUUGAUGACAAGUAUAAGCCGGCUUUAAAAACAGUGCAAAAGCAACAGGAUUAUGAUAGUUAUACAUUUUCUUAGACUAAAAGUCUAAGAAAAUGUCUGGCGCGAUUUACAGUAGAGACGAUUUGCGUCCCCUCAUGUUCCAGGCGUUCCAGGCGAUCAGUUAGUAAAACGGCGCGAUGGUUGCGGCGGGGCGACCCGACCCAACUCUCUGGCUUUCUCACUCCGCUGCCACUAUCGCGCCGUUUUUUAUUUCGCUCCGCUUAAUUAACCAAACGCUUGGGGGGGCAAUUAAAAGUCUAGUGCCACCAGUUCUAUUACGAUGCAAGAAGCCUGAAAAUUGGUCAAAAGUCUUUGAAAAACAAUAACUGCACAUGUGAGAUAUGAAACUCCAUACUCGGCUGGAAGAACUUAUUCAGUUAUUUUAUCUUACUAACCUCGUCUGAAAUAUCUGCGUUGCAGACUGACUCCCGAACUGCCCCUAUAUGACGAAAGGUUCAAAGGUUACGGGAUGAACAAGAUAUCUCACGUAAUGGAAUUGUCACUGCUAGGGCAAGUUAGCUGAGCCUCGAUUUCAUUAGCUUCAAUUUGAUGAUUUCUUGAAUGUAUUUAGAGAAAGUAUGAAAAAUCCUGGGAAGGGGGGGGAGUGGCCUUAUCACCCAAUCCCCCACUCCCGUCUUAAUCCACCUGUGCCACGCUCAAACAUCUUUUUUCGACUCACUGGAAAACAUGUAUUUCUCCAUUACUUUAAGGUAUAACUUCGUGGUGUUACCAAACGUUUGGAUUGUCCAUCGCUACCACGCCCUGUCACCCCUUUCAUUCGCCCAUUUGACGGUGAGUUUAUCGGGAUGAAGAAUAAAUACGUUCUGCCAUCUAGUUCCAUCUGAUUGUAUGAAAAAUCGAAUGUGAAUCAUUUCGCUCUCCUCUUGCUCUAACGAUUUUCAUUCAAGGAUAGUCUUCUCUUUACGAGGUCACUAGCGGUCAACGCCCAUUUACAAACAUAUCACACCUUACAACAAAACACACUGAGCCCCUGUUUUAUUUCCUUUUAAAUCUUUAGGAUCCAGAUAGCAGAUUUAUAAACCGACUUCAACGUUUUGAGUUCAUCAGCGAUCUCUACAGAAAGCACAGGAUAGGAGAGUGCAAAAAUAGAUAAGGGCUUCCGCUAAAUCAGAGACAACGGAUAAAAUCUCAGUCAUCCGUUUUCUUAUCUGGGUAGAAUAUAGAAAGACACUCACCACAUCAUUGACGAAGACUUCGAAGGAAGGCGAAUAACGUGGAAAGUUCAUUCAAAGCGAGAAAGGGGCCCUCAUUUGAAGGACAACAUUCCUUGCAAAGACAAAUACGCAGGAUGAAACGGGCCUUGAAGUUUGCCGGAAUUUUUCGUGAUACGACGAAUGAAUUACAGUAAAACAAUGAUUGACCGCCGGCCGGAUACAUUAAACCUUUUGAUACAUUAUUUAAGUAAGGAUUAGGCAGUUGGAAGGUUAUGCAAAUCAAGCCACGAACGAAAACGUUUCAUUUAGACACGACUUUAAUUCCAGUCCUGAAACACUGAGAAAAAAAAAAAAAGAAGAAAAAAAGGCUCUUCAGAGAACACCUUAGACUGUAACGACGAAGUUUUCCAGCUUGAUAGCACGUGAGACAGCGACAUAUAUUUUAUUCUAUAAAUGUACCCUUACUUUCAGCAUAGCCCUAAUUUACUACAAGGUAUUUUCUAAAGAAACUAUGGUGCUGGGUCGGUGGGGAGGGGGGGGUUCCUAAGCUGACGUUUCAAGCAUUAGCCCUUCGUCAGAGCGAAUGAAAGAAGAAAAAGCACAGACCGCAUAUUUGCGAGUUAAAAAGGAGAGGAACCUUCUCGUCCCCUGAUUUAAAGUUAAAAAUGUCGAGUCGGAAAAUGGAACUAGUGUGUGGCGGAUUACUUCGCGGUAUGCUUUCUUAUAACGUGGGGCAAAAAAAGAAAACAACAAAAGUAUAAAAUAUGUCUGAGAGAGGACGAAAUACAGUUAUUCAGCGACUCUGAGCAGAAACCUAGUGAGGAGUUAAAAAUAAUGGCAGAG